AUGCAUCUCCCAUGCCCAGUUCCCCCAACCUUUUGUUUACAAAACCGUUCCAACCACACUUCUGCUCCAUUAACCCCUCUUUCAUUCUCUACCGCUCACAACUAUAACCUCCCUCUCAACGUCCCCUUCGCCCCUUUCUCUCGCUCUGACAAGGUAGGCCGAAUCGCCGAUGGGACUCGCAACUUCAACAACCAGACCCGAUCCAAAACCCCCACCGAUUCUGCCUUCGAUUUCACCCUCGACGAUUCCGUCCCAGGCAACACCGAUGACGACGCCGCAUUCCGCUUAGUCGUUGGACUCAGCAUCAAAUCCAACAAGAGAUUCGUUUGCGAGGCUGUGAAAUCUUCAAUGGCGGGUGAAGUUGAGGUAUUCGAAAAAGAGACACUAGCUGUUUCUCUGGCUAAAUACGUCGCUGAUCUAUCCAAUAAGUUUACUCAACAAAGAGGGGCUUUCACUGUUUGCUUGUCUGGUGGUUCUUUGAUCAAUUAUCUUCAGAAAUUGUUGGAGGCUCCGUAUGUUGAUUCUAUUGAAUGGGGUAAAUGGCAUGUGUUUUGGGUGGAUGAGAGAUUUGUACCUAAGGAUCAUGAAGAUAGUAACUAUAAGCUUGCUUUUGAUGGCUUUCUCUCCAAGGUGCCCAUUCCAUCCGACAAUGUUUAUGCAAUCAAUGAUGCCCUUUUGGCUGAAGGAGCAACUGAUGAUUACGAGACAUGUGUCAAACACUUGGUCAAUAGCAAUGUGAUAACAUCAUCAUCAUGCAGCGUCGAUUUCCUCUUUUCCUUUUAG